GCAUAUAGGAUGGUGUACACCCGUAGGAUUACUGUUUUUGACAUUCGCCCUGGUAAAACUACAAGUACAUUAGCCAAGUCAAUCCCCCUGUCAUUGUCGCUUUAACGUUAAACGGGCCAAGGACGAACCUAGAACUCGGCUUUGGAUUUGCUACCGAACUUGCGUGCCGGCGGUGAAGCUGAAGCUUUGAAACGUCGCGGGUAUACGGUCCGCUUAUUACCGAUAGCAGACCAAAUAGAGAUGACAAGCAUAGUGCACACCGUCGAAAGCUACUAACUCUCACUCAGCCUGUACAGACUUCAAUUUCUCUAGAGGCCAUAGGCUUCCUACCUUCUCUCCACCUGCACACCGUAGAGAAACCGCGACCUACGCUCCACCCGAAGCCUGUUGGCGGUAGGCCAAGAUGGCGACAAAUAUGCGUGGUCUGACCCAGUUCAUCGCGGAUAUCCGUGGUGCACGGGUCCGCGAGCUGGAAGAGAAGCGCAUUAACAAAGAGAUGGCCAACAUCCGGAAACGCUUCAAAGACGGAAACUUGGAUGGGUACCAGAAAAAGAAAUAUGUCGCGAAAGUCAUCUUCACAUAUAUUCUCGGCUACAAGGUCGACGUUGGUCACAUGGAGGCAGUUAACCUCAUUUCCAGUCCAAAGUAUAGCGAGAAGCAGAUAGGCUAUCUUGCUGUCACAUUACUCAUGCAUGAGAACUCUGACUUCUUACGUCUCGUCGUCAAUUCCAUCCGCAAGGACCUCAACGAGAAUAACGAGAUAUACAAUUGCUUAGCUCUUCACGCAAUUGCCAAUGUUGGUGGACAAGAAAUGGCUGAGGCAUUGUCAGAGGAUGUUCACAGGCUAUUAAUAUCGCCGACGUCCCACAGCUUUGUGCGAAAGAAGGCAGCCUUGACUCUUCUCCGUUUGUACCGCAAGCAUCCAGAAGUGAUCCCAGCGGCUGAGUGGGCUCUCCGAAUAGUUGCUAUAAUGGAUGAUAUGGACUUGGGUGUCGUUAUUUGUGUAACAAGUUUGGUAAUGGCUUUGGCACAAGACCAUCUUGAUGCUUAUGCUGUAUGCUACCAGAAGGCUGUUGACCGGUUACGUCGACUAGUGAUAGAACACGAAUAUGCUGCAACAUAUGCAUAUUAUAAGGUCCCUUCACCAUGGCUGCAAGUGAAACUACUCCGUUUACUUCAGUACUACCCUCCAACCGAGGAUGCGACUUUAAAGAACAUCCUUCACGAAGUCCUUCAAACCAUCAUGAAUAACUGCUCAGAACCAUCUCGCAAUGUUCAGCACAAUAAUGCACAGCAUGCUGUUCUCUUCGAAGCCAUUGGUCUUGCUAUCCAUCUCGAUACGAAUUCACCACUAGUAACCACGGCUGCAGUACUUCUCGCCAGGUUCAUCUCCUCGAAGGAGACCAAUGUUCGUUACCUCGGUUUGGACACUAUGGCCCACUUGGCUGCUCGUACAGAAAACUUAGAUGCCAUCAAACACCAUCAGGGUACAAUUAUUUUGUCUCUUCGGGAUAAGGACAUUUCCGUCCGACGCCGUGCGCUGGACCUACUUUACAGCAUGUGCGAUGUUGACAACUCGGAGCUCAUCGUUGGAGAGCUCUUACGUUAUUUGAAGGUCGCUGACUAUGGACUACGGGAAGAGAUGGUACUUAAGAUCGCCAUCCUGACGGAGCGGUAUGCAAGCACGUACAAGUGGUAUGUCGAUACCAUUUUGGAGUUGAUCAGUGCCGCUGGAGACCACGUUGGCGACGAAGUUUGGUAUCGUGUGGUGCAGAUCGUUACUAAUACGGAAGAUUUGCAACCGUAUGCGGCGAAGGUUGUGUUUGAAUACCUCAAAUCACCUUCCUCGCAUGAGAGUUUGGUGAAAGUAGGCGGUUACAUUCUCGGAGAAUACGGUCACCUUAUUGCCAAUGAACCAGGGUACAGUCCUAUGGAAUUGUUCGCAGUUCUCCACUCGAAAUCCCAAUUCUGCACCGCACCCACUCGCGCCCUUCUACUAUCCACAUACGUCAAGUGGGUCAACGUUUUCCCCGAGAUCAAGGAGCAACUCCUCAAUGUCUUCGAGCGAUAUCGUCACGUUCUCGACGUGGACCUACAGCAACGGGCAUGUGAAUUCUAUGCGCUCGCAAGUAGAGCCGAUGAUGAUGAGUUGUUGCAAAACAUCUGCGAAGAAAUUCCACCUUUUCCCCCAAGAGAAAGUGCGCUUCUUAACCGUUUGAAUAAGAAGCAUUCAGAUACGGAAGACAAGCGGACCUGGGUACAUGGUGGGAAAGAUAUUAAUCUGGAUCGACAGCUGUCUCGGAGGGGCUCGAGGAAACCAACUUUGGGUGACGUUAAUGGCAAUGGCACCAUUCAUCAUGGCGCGGACGCUGCGAAUGAUAUCACUCAGUCGCUCAUGGGAUUGGACCUGACAACAUCCCCCACUAGCACGUCGCAGUCGCCCACGACACAUUUGGACCCUGUAUCUGCGCCAGCAUCGAUGCUUGCAGAGGCAGGCAUUCCUCGGCUCACGGUCAGCCCAAACGUAGAGCGUUGGUUCGAGAAACUAUGCUACAGUUCCGAAGGUGUGUUGUACGAAGAUGUGCAACUCCAGAUCGGUAUCAAGUCAAGGUACCAUGGACACAUCGGACAAUUGGCGGUAUAUUUCGGAAACAAGGUGUCUGCUCCUCUGACGUCGUUCACCACCACUUUGCAUGUGGAAGAGCCCGAAGCCAUAUCCGCGUCUUUUGCGAAGAUCGCACCGAGUACAAUCGCUCCUCGGACACAGACCCAGCAACUCAUUCACAUUGAAUGCAAGAAGCCGUUUUCAAAGCCACCGAUAUUGAGUGUAUCCUUCCUCGCCGGUGCACACCAAACGAUUGCUAUUCGGCUGCCUGUCGUCAUCACCAAGUUCCUUGAACAUGUUAAACUGGGUCAAGCCGACUUCUUUGAGCGAUGGAAGUUGAUUGGAGGUCCUCCGAGAGAAUCUCAGAGCGUCUUCCCUAUCAGUUUAAAUGACGCGGGACAUAUUGAUUUACCGAAGCAACGUCAGGUUGUCAGCGGACAUUCAUUUAACGUUUUGGAAGGCAUCGACCCGAAUCCAAACAACUUGGUUGGGGCUGGUAUCCUGCAUAUGUCGGUGGACGGGAAGGUUGGGUGUCUAAUGCGGUUGGAGCCGAAUCGUGAGGCGAAGGUAAGUUUGCAAUUACUUGUGUUAAGGAAUCCAAUGUUGAUGUUCUCUAUUACAGCUAUGUCGUCUCACUAUCCGAAGUACCUCUGAGGAUGUGGCCGCUGAAGUACAGAAGCUCCUCCACAAGCCACUAAGCGCUGAUACCGCCCACACAUGAUCAAUGUUGCCUGCUCCGACUUUGCUCUGCAGUUCCAAUCUUCCUCCAUGUUUUGUUAUUUGCAUAAUUUACAAGUUUGUAUUACAGUGUACAGGAUACUACUGACACAGGACUAAUAAUGAUACCCAGCGUGUAUGUAACAAUCAAUGAGACGGGAUUAAUACCGGAAUAGUCAGUCAGUUUGCAAGUAUACAAGAGAACAAGAAAGCAAGUGAACGAAU